GGUGGGGUGGUGGGCAGGGCUGUGGUAGGAAGCCGGAAGCAGCCGCGGCUCCAGCUCGGGAGACAUGGCGGGCAUUAAAGCUCUUGUGUUAUUAUCCUUCAGCGGAGCUAUUGGACUGACUUUUCUUAUGCUGGGAUGUGCCUUAGAGGAUUAUGGUGUUUACUGGCCCUUGUUCGUCCUGAUAUUUCAUGCCAUCUCUCCCAUUCCCCAUUUCAUUGCCAAAAGAGCAACAUAUGACUCUGAUGCAACAAGCAGUGCCUGUCGGGAACUGGCAUAUUUUUUCACUACUGGAAUUGUUGUUUCUGCCUUUGGAUUUCCUGUUAUUCUUGCUCGUGUGGCUGUGAUCAAAUGGGGAGCCUGUGGCCUUGUGCUGGCAGGCAAUGCAGUCAUUUUCCUUACAAUUCAAGGUUUUUUCCUUGUAUUUGGAAGAGGAGAUGAUUUUAGCUGGGAACAGUGGUAGCAUUUUCUGAUGAAAUGCAUUUAAUUUCUUAAAAUUCAUACUAUAUGUAUGUGUGUGCACAUGUGGCCUUUUACUAUGAAGUUCAAUAUGCUGGGUUUUUUUUAUACCUUUAUAUCAUGUUCACUUAAAGGAGGACUAUAUGAGAAAGAGAUUAAUUUUAUUCCUAACAAAUAGAACACUCCAUUUACUCAAGUUGAAUUAUGUUUUUUUGGCUGUUCAUAUAGUCAUGGUGCUCUCUGAAACUAUGGCUGUUCAUGUAUGCAGUGCAUCUACACCUUUUGCCUGGGGAUAUGCCUGGGUAGGAGCAGGUCUUAGUUAUGCUCAGGACUCACAAGAUACACUUGUGUCCAAGAGACACAGAGGUGACUCCCUCUUUGUGCGGUAGACCCUUGCUUCUCAAAGUGUGGUCUCAUAGACCAAGAACAUCAUCAUCUCCUAAGAGCUUAUAAAUGCAGAAUCUGAGACCCCACCUCAGACCCACUUUGAUGAGAUCCCAAGUGAAUCACAUGAGAAGCUCUGUCAUAAAAGAAUAAGCAUUACAUAUAGGUUCCUUUUCCUCCCCUUGGCUGAACCAUUUAACCUCUCUGAGUGUUAGUUGCUCAUUUGUAAAACUCGUUUCACCUGCCCUCAUGUCGAGGCCUAGUUCAGACUCUCUUUGUUAUUUGUGAAAUGUCCAAACCUGUAAUGUAUAGGUUGUCUCAGUAGAGAGCAGCUAUGCCUCCACACUGUCUGAAGGGCAAUGACCGUUUUCACAGUGCUGGGUGAACAGAAUAACCCCAGAGCCCCACUGGGAUGCAGGAGAGGAAGGCCAGGCUGGAAACAGUCCCUGCUAUAGCAGGAUGGGGAAGAAUAGGUAAUUUUGUUUAAUUUUCCUUUAUAAUCUGUUACUUCCAUUUGCUCCUUCCCUAUGCUGCCCCACCUUUCCCCGCUCCACCAGUACACACAGUCCCAGCAGUUCUGAUUUGCCCUUCUUCCUGACUCUGGUGUCUCCUUUCUAUAGAGACAUGGAACCAAGUAAGCAAGCAGAGGGGGAGCUGCUUCAUUUCACUUACAUGUUGAUGUACUUACUGUCUUUCCUGUAGGACUUUAUACACAUACACAUACCUAUAGAACUUUAUGCCACUUUUAAAUGAAUCAUUAGGAGUACGUGUCAUGCUAGAUCCUGUAAUCACAGUUUUUCUAGCUUAACUUUAUGUCCAAGACCUAUUAAGAAAGCGAGAUAUGGGAAAUAGAACCACUUAAUCAGAGUAUAAGCAGUGAUUUUAUAGCAUUGUUAAUGUGUGAACUGACAUACAUUCAAAACACAGAACCCUUGAAGUUUGUAAUCUUAAUAAUUAGCACACCCCCUGGAAUGAUGCUGGGACCAGAAGAAGAUAAAAGUGAUCCUUAAAAGGACAAUAUGCAAAGUAAUAUUUUGACCUUGUGCAUGAUUUUUUGUUUUCAAUGUUCUGUGUACAUAUAGAAUUAUUAAAGUUGUUUUUUCCGAUAUUUAUAUUAGAAAAAUUAUAGACACUUUAUAAUUUUAACCAGAAUUUUAAAUAACAUUUGCAAUUAUUGUAUUAUAAUAAAUUUCACUUUUAACAUAAAAGAAAAGUUUAAUUUUAGAAGUCUUUAUUCUGAUAUAGCCUUACUAAAAGAUAUGGGCAGUUUCUGAAAUGGGCAGUUUCGAGCAAUAUUCUGUCCUGCAAUGGAACACUAGCAAUAAGUUUUAAGAUUCUAUGUUGAAAGUCUAGAUGGCUUGUAAUAGUUUUUCUUUUCUUAAGAUGGAAAUAGUGUUUAAUUUAUAUUAUCUUUUGCAAAAAUAUCUUUGUUGCUUAUAUACAUUUCAAAUAACCAAAGUAGCCUUAAUGUGUAGUCUUAAAACAUUGUCUCUUGAUUGUAUUUCCAAAAUGAUUGAUAUAAAGUACUUGCAUAUAGAAUAUUGGUGUCUAUUCCCUAAUAAUGGAAUGGUUUGUUGAAAUAGUAGAUUAUUGGAUUUGCUAUGUAUCUGAAAACAGACAAUUGUUUGGAAGUGACUACAUUUCAUUUAAAUGAUACAUGUCAGUAGGGAGUAUUGCUAUAUAUAUGAAUGUACAAUAUAAAAGUUUCAUCUUGGUGACAAAUGUUGGGCAUUUUUUUUUCUUAUAAAAGUUUAAUUAUUUUUCUAUACACCGUAAACUAUAUUUUGGAGAUUCAAAGCACAUUGACUACAUUCUGAAACUGAGAUUACACAUAAAGAAUUGCCUACAAGUAAGUAAUCCUAUGAAAGAAUUUUCUAUCACUUUCCAAACAACUGGCUUACAGGUAGACUUUGAAACACUUUUCUCACAGAAACAAUAUUAUGCAUUGGUGAUCAAGUUCCCAGGCCAAGCCUUUGAGGAGCAGUAAACCCGAAUGUUGCCGACCUAUAGUAGUCAAGGUGCCUGCCUGAGAUUUGGGUCUUGGAAAUAGGGUAGGGUGAACAGUGGAGGAGGGAGAGUAAAUUUCCACCUCUUUCCCAAAGAACAUGGUCUUUCUUACUUCAGUUUUUGCAGCCAUUUCCAUCCCCUAAUGGUCUUGGGGUCCAGGUACACUCCUGUGAGAUUUGCUGGCUUCCUCUCCUGACUCAGGGGCUCUCCUUGCCUGCCCCACCUCCUGAGGUUCCUCAUAUUCCAAAAUCACCCACCUUUCUACUCCUACAAAUCAGUUUUCUUAGUAGAGCUGAUAUCAUGUGGUGAGAAGAAGAAAGCAAUCUGAUCAAACUUCUUCCCAGAAAGAAUGAAUGACUUGGGCUCAUCUUCCCCACAUCUGAAACUCACUAGUACCUACAUCGUGCAAUUACCACAUGGUGCUGCAGCUGCAUUUUUCCAAGGACAUGACUCGGAACCCGAUGACUUUCUCAGAAAAUGGUAGUGUUCCAAAGCAAAGUGGAAAAAGCAUUCCAGCAGUAUAUAGAAGAUCAUAAUUUCUUGUAACGGGGUAACCCUGUCAUAUACCUUCCUCAGGUUGAGUUUUCAGCUGGUCCUACUUAUCGUAGUUGUUUCUUUUCCUUCACUUGUGAACCCACACAUUUUUCUUACUGUCUCAAGAAAUCUUUACCUCUGAGGUGUCUUCUCAAUGAAGACUAUUCUAGAGAGUAGCUGAAAUGUUUUAUUAAAUUGAUAACAUUCCUUAUGCUCUUGGGGGUGACUAGAAUAGAAAAGACAGACAAUAACAAAUGUUGCCAAGGAUAUGGGAUCAUUUGGACCCUCAUAAAUUGCUGGCGGGGAUGUAAAAUGGUAGUUCUUCAAAAAUGCUGAACACUGAGUUACCACAUUGACCCACAAAUUUCAUUCCUAGGCAUAUACCCAAGAAAAAUGAAAACAUAUAUCACACAAAAACUUGUAAAUGAAUGUUCAUAGCAGCAUUAUUCAUAAUGGCCAAAAAGUAGAAACAAUUCAAAGUCCAUCAACUGAUGAAUGAAAGAGAUGAAGUACUAAUACAUGUUACAAUAGGAUGAACUUUGAAAAUAUUGUAUUAAGUGAAAAAAAAACCCCAUAUAUUGUAUAAUAUCAUUUAUCUGAAAUGUCUAGCAUAAACAAAUCCAUAGAA